GCUGGAAAAAAAAAAACGCUUUCCCUUUCUCUAGUCUCCAUGAGGUUGUGGGACAUAAAAAUAGAUCUUGAUCAACUAUGCUAUGCGAAUUCUGUUAAUCUCUUGCUUUAUCUUUAUAGCUGAAAGUUAUAUUUAGCUAUAAGACUAAUGUUGUCAAAACUUAUCUCUCUAAAUCAUUUUAUUGCUAUUAACGAAUACAACUUUGAUUGAUGUAAGAGUGGAACACAGAGGUUUUACUGCAUGGGGAGCCCAUCCGUGUAUAUCCACUGGGCAGCUCAAGGAGGUAUUUGAUCCAGAACAUUGAAAGGACAUAUGCUUACUUUCACCAGAGCGAAGACGGUUGAUGGGGAUUACACAUUGAGAGAAAGAGCGUUUCAGAUCGUACCAGCUGAAGCUUCUAAGAUGAUGAGAUAAAGAAAAGAACUUGCAACUUUUAUGUUCAGAGAAAAACGAUGGCUAAUGCAAAGGAAACAACUUUUUACAUAACAAUCUCUGUGGUUGCUUUUGUCAUUGGUAAAAUCGUAAUCGCUCUUCUUCUCUACAAGAGAUGGAAAAGAAAAAGCACUGUUUAUGAAAACGGAUUCCCAGUCAAAGGAGGAGGAAAAAUGGUGAUGUUCAAAUCUCCAUUACUCAACUCUGUUUCCUCCGACAUGUUUAUGAAGAAGACACAUAAGCUAAGCAACAAAGACAUUCUCGGUUCUGGAGGAUUCGGAACUGUUUACAGAUUAGUCAUUGAUGAUUCAACAACUUUUGCUGUCAAGAGACUAAACAGAGGAACCUCUGAGAGAGACAGAGGGUUUCAUAGAGAGUUAGAAGCAAUGGCUGAUAUUAAACACAGGAACAUUGUAACUCUCCAUGGCUACUUCACUUCUCCACAUUAUAAUCUUCUCAUCUAUGAGCUCAUGCCUAAUGGAAGCUUGGAUUCUUUUCUACACGGAAAAAAAUCAGGAGAUAAAAAAGUUUUGGAUUGGGAAUCGAGGUACAAACUCGCGGUUGGAGCGGCUAGAGGGGUGUCUUACCUUCAUCAUGAUUGCAUCCCUCACAUAAUCCAUAGAGACAUCAAAUCUAGUAACAUACUUCUUGAUCAGAACAUGGAAGCUAGGGUUUCUGAUUUUGGUUUAGCCACUUUGAUGGAGCCGGACAAGACUCAUGUUUCGACGUUUGUAGCUGGAACAUUUGGAUACUUAGCUCCUGAGUAUUUCGAUACGGGUAAAGCGACAAUGAAAGGAGAUGUUUACAGUUUCGGGGUUGUUCUUUUGGAGCUUCUAACUGGAAGAAGACCAACAGAUGAUGAGUUUUUCGAAGAAGGAACAAAGCUUGUUACUUGGGUAAAAGGAGUGGUAAGAGACCAAAGAGAAGAGGUGGUGAUAGAUAACCGGCUAAGAGGAUCACCGGUACAAGAGUUGAACGAUGUGUUUGGUAUAGCGAUGAUGUGUCUUGAACCGGAACCGAUCGUUAGACCGACUAUGGCAGAGGUUGUCAAAUUGCUCGAAUACAUCAAGCUUUCCAAACGUUCUUCCUUUUGAUGCAUGUCUCUUGUGUCAAUAUUGCUUGCUCGCAUCAAAGCACGUGAGUAAUGUUCUGUAAGAAAACUUAAUUAGUUAAUUUCUUGAAAUAAUCAAAUAAUUCAGUUCCAA